GCCCCACAUGUAUAUAAAAGGUGCAGACAUGUGUUCUCCCCUCAGAAUAAUCAGGUUGAUGAAUAAUGUGGAUGCUCUUCUUCUUGAGUGCCUUGUUGGGGGUCGUGGGGUCACAGGAAACGCCGUCUGCUGCAGCUCAGCAGCUCCAGGCCCUCCACUGCCCGACCUGCGAGCGCAUACACUGCUCCACCCGCCGGGUGCUGAAGCUCCAGUGUAAAGGCGGUGUCACGACAGGUGUGUGUGGCUGCUGCCCCGUCUGUGCCAGGGCGGAGGGGGAGACCUGCGGGGGAACGUGGGACUAUCUGGGCAAGUGUGAUGAGGGCCUGCUGUGUGUUUACCCGGAGUCAGGAGCAGAGGACAAACCGGACGCAGAGCGCAGAGGCGUCUGUAAAGCAGUGAUUGAAUCAUUGGAUCCAGAGAGCUGUCACCCAGAGUGCACCAGGGAGUACUGUAAGGCAAACCCCUCGGAAAUCUGCUCUGCCAGGCUUGUCUCUCUGGAGAAGACAACAUGCCAGGGCUCCUGCCAACACACCUCCUGUUCAAGCUGUCUGCUGCUGAAACCCCCUCCAUGCACUCAGACCUGCACCCCCGCUGACUCCUCCUGCCUGCGCCGCUUUGGGAAGUGUGUGCACAAUCACCUGAAAGCCACUCAUAACACUGUAUGCAACAACAACCUGCAGAGUCAUCCAGAGGGACAUUUUCUGUGUCUGGUCCCAGUCUGUCCAAAAGCACUGAAGUAACUCCCUUUUGUAAAGAGAGCAAAUCUUCAUUGGUUCAUGUAGCAAAAUGGAAAAAGGCAGCUAUAUAUAAACCUUCAACAUUACUUUUCAAACAAUCACAUUUUGUAUGCAAUGUUAACUGAAUAAAAACCUGUGAAAUGUAUAAAAUGUUUAAAUCAUUGAAAAUAAAAUGACGUACUGUACUUUCUUUGAUCUUGGAAUCAAUGGAUAGGGUUUUGAUUGGCUUGACAGCUUGGAUCACCUGAUGUAUAUCAUUAUCGGUUAGCUGGGCUUGUGGGUUUUAGCAUAUAUUGUUACAUAUAUUAUUGUAUUCGAAAAGAGUGACUGUGUAUUAUGUUUGACAUGUGCGUGCUCUAUGUUGUUACAUUGCUGCACAACACAUUUCACCUAUUGGACACACGGUUAAGUUUCAUAAAGUCUUUAGCACACAAAAUGUCUCUUUCAAAAACGAUUCCACUCCAUGUAACUAUCUGGACUCUAAUUAAUAGAACAGUGCAAUAGUAUUAGAUAGCGUUUUACAGUCUUUGGCACAGACCAAAAUAUCUAAUUUCCAUAAAACUUGCUUCAGUUAAUGUCUGCCUUAGGAUAAAUCCUCAACAUGUUCUUGAAUGUUGCCAAUAUCACAGUAAUAUAUUGUACAAUCCGACUCAGCAGUACUUUGGAUUUAGUGCUAAUGUUAGCAUGCUAAUUGUGCAAAGCUAAUGAAUAAGGUAAACCAGUAUAAGAUACGGCUCUGAGAUAAACAAUACCUCCUUUACUUCAGCAUGUUUACGCUGUGAGCAUGUUAGCAUGUUGAUAUUAGCACUUAGCUCAAGCAUUUUGUAUAUUAUAAAAAGUGUGACACAUGAACUAAGACUUGUGCAAUUGAAUAAAGUAAAAACAAAGCAGCAAUAUUUUUAUUUCAAAAUACAAAUAAUCUUGUGGCAAAGAAUAAUUUCGGAUCAACAAUGUAAAUUAAACCACCAUAUCAGGCUAGUAAAGUUUAUUUUCAGUUGAAUUGUUUCCAUUAUAGGAGUUUUUUCUGGUUCUCAGGGGAAAUUAAGCAUCUGGAGUCCCCCCUGCAUUCACCGCCCCCCCUGACCGAGGAUGGUUAUUGAAUAACACACAGUUUAUGAGGCAGCUGUAAUGAAGCUUGCACAGAAAGGGAAUACAAUUUGGACUAACAAUGGACAGUUUGUUCUUCAUCCUUCAAAUGUGAGCCGAUCCUCAAGAGCAGAAGCAGUUUAUCUAACAGAUUUCACAAGAAGAAAUCUUUUUCAUACCAAAACAAAGACCUGCGGUUUCUUUCCUCUUCUUUUA